AGUCCUGGAGAGGAGACGCAGCACCACAGAAACAUCCUCUGUCCAACACCUCCACCAGGAGCAGCUCUGGGUCUAGAUCAGUUUAAUGUUUUAAUGUGGAGGAAGAGGAGCAGCAGGAAUCUAGCUUUAUGGAGUUUUUAUGCUGUCUGGAGAUUCUUUUAUUGUGAAAUGUUCGGAGCUGUUGGGUGAAGAAGUGUGAGGCAGGUUUGUGAAGAUGCAAAAUGUCUCCAGAAGUUUAGAAAAAACGUCUUUUUAUGGAAUUCCUCUGAAGAAUGUCUGAGAAGGAGACACAGGAAGUGUUUUUAUUUACUACAAGGCAGACAUUUUUGGAGUUUUCAUGCAAAAAUUUGACACUUUAGGGAUUUUAUUGUGAAAUUCUGAUGUUUUGGGUUUUUAUUGUGACUGUGAGGCGAUUUUCUUGUGAAAGACUAACCUUUUGGGAGAUUUUAUUGUGAAGGUCUAAUCUUUUAGGGAUUUUACUUUGAAAGUCUGAUCUUUUCAUUUUUUAUUGGGAAAUUCUUAUGUUUUCGGGAAUUUUAUUGUGAAAGUCUGACCUUUUAGGGAUUUUAUUGGGAAAUUUCUUUGUGAAAGACUGACAUUUUGCGGAUUUUAUUUUGAAAGUCUGACCUGUUUGGGUUUUAAUUUUGAAAGUUUGAUGUUUUGGGGGAUUUUAUUGUUAAAGUCUGACAUUUUGGAGGUUUUAUUGUGAAAUUAUGACGUUUGGGAUUGUUUUAUUGUGAAACUUUGACCUUUUGCGGAUUAUUAUUGUAAGAAACUGACAUUUUGGGGGACUUUAUUGUGAAAGUUUUAUUGUAAAAUUCUGAUGCUUUAGGGAUUUUAUUGUGAAUUUUUUUGUCAAAGUCUGACAUCUCGAAGAAUUUUAUUGUGAAGGCCUAAUCUUUUGGGGAUUUCAUUUUGAAAGUUUGAUCUUUUAUGGAUUAUAAUUGUGAAAACUCCCCUUUUAGGGGGAUUUUACUUUGAAAGUCUUUUAGGGAUUUUAUUGGGAGAUUCUGACGUUUUGAGGGAUUUUAUUGUGAAGGUCUGACCUUUGGAGUAGUUUUAUUGUGAAAUUCUGAUAUUUUGGGGUUUCUUUUAUUGUCAACAUAUUGGGAUUUUAUUGUGAAAGUCUGACCUUUUGGGGUUUUUUUUAAAUUGAGAAAUUCUAAUGUUUUUGGGCAUUUUAAUUGUGAAAGUGUAAAAAUUUGAGUGUGAAAAUCUGAUCUUUUAGGGACUAUUGUUGUGAAAAACUGACCUUUUGGGGGAUUUUAUUGUGAAAUUUUGUUGUGAAAGACUGACAUUGAGGGAUUUUAUUGUGAAAGUCUGGCAUUUUGGAUGUUUUAUUGUGAAAAUUUUGCCUUCUGGGGAUUUUAUCACAUUUCUUUUAUUUUGAAGUGAAAAAAAGCGUCUCUUACUCUGAAUGACAGAACGACUAAAGGCUCUCCAACCAUUUAGUGAGGACUUUUUUUUGAGCGACCAGCGAUGAUUAAACGUUGUUUGGACUUUCAUUGUGAAGGGAAAGAUAAUGAAAACAUGAAGGGUUAGAAAUCUUCUGGGGUUUUAUUGUGAAAGAUGAACAUACAAAGGAGGAAGUAGCAGACCAUCUGACAGCCAAUCAGCUCUUAGGACAGGAUGAUUUCAUACGUGGAGUGUCUGAGCGGUGAGGGGGCGGGGCCUGGCGUGGCGUCUCGCUGCUGGAACUCGAGUCCCGACGACGAGCGCGACGAGCUCCUCCCACGUAAGAUGGCCGCCCUGCAGCUGAAGACGGAGGGCAGCCUGCGGCGGCGCCUCCUCAGCGCCAAGAUCCACCAGCACCACCAGGCCAUCUGGGGCGACAGGAAGCCCCUCCCACCACACCUGCAGUCCAAAAGCCCCUGGUACCGUCCCCAGCAUCUACCCCCACGCCCCCACGUCCACCCGUCCUUCGCCCCUGAGGCUCAUGGGAAACUGUUCCUGGCCCCUGAGGCUCAUGGGAAGCUGCCACCGCCACCGCACCUCCAGCUGCAGCGCCCCUCCUGCCCCGUCCUCGGCCAGCGGCGCCGGACCAGCUCCUGCCCCCCGAUGCCAGAGCCCCGCCCCGGGUACGCCCUACCUGUCCCGUCCCCGCUCAGCGUCCCGCCGGGCUUCAGGGAGCCAGAAGUACCGCCGCAGUACCGCUACCGGCCCAGCAGGAGGCGCCGCACCGGAUUCCUCUGGUUCAAGCAGCGACAGGGACGGAGCUCCAGACAGGAGGCCCAGCAGACCACGCCCCUUCUGCUGAGAGGAGACGGCGACAGCAGGUGGUCCGUUCACUACACUACCCAGAAGCCCCGGCAGGGUCUACGCUUCAUCCCCGGGAAGAAACAAUCAGGAAUCGCCGAUGACCUGCGAGCGUGUCCUGGAUCGGCUCGGCCCCGCCCACAGAGCCCCGGCCUCGACCAAUCAGAGGGCAGCUCGCGGCGGCGCUGGCGGGACAAAGGCAGGAAGAUGAGGUCCAGGGUCUUGGACUUUCUCUCUCAGUCUUGUUUUUCAGUUUGUUUCAAGUUUUCAGUUUGGAGGAGGAAGUCGUCAACAUCCUCAGACGAAGACGAGAGGUUCAUCUUGAACAACACGCGACCUCUGACCCCGCUGGUCCUGAACCCCGUCCAGCUCACCUCCUGCUGGGACGUCUUCGCGCCGGCCUACGAGCCAACGGUGGGCGUGGAGAUGGAGCCACCGCCUCGACUGCCAACGCCGGAGGAGAGGAUGAGGCAGCAGGCGAAGGCGGUCGCUGCUGAUGUCGUCCCCAUCAACGUAACGGGUGAGAGUUUUGAUCGUCAGGCCAGUUUUCGAAGGACGCUUUCCAAUGCUGACUCGCUAACCAGACGACCCCGUAACCUCAACCGCCGUAAGACGGUUACUGGAAUACCGAAUGAUGUCAGCCCCAAGCCUUCGGUCUCUAAGGUUCUUCCUGGUCAGUUUUCCACCGUGGGUCGACCUGCCUCCGCCUCCUGCAGCUCCCCCAACCAAUCACAGGACAUGGAGUUGGAGGAGAAUGGAGGAAUCAGGAAGGACGGACAGUCGAGGAGGAUCCGAGCCCCUCGAGGAGAAGGGAUGUCCAGCCUCAUGGCCUCCCUUACUUCCUCCCCCCGUGUCAAAGGCCACUCCUCAGAGUUCCACAGCCUCCCCCGUCUGGCAGCCAACUCCUCUCUUAACUCUGAGGCCAGCUGCACCAGCGCCUCCUACAGGACACUCAGCGCCUCCUCGUCCUGCUACCAGUCACAAGAUCUCCAGGGUUUCCCCAGUGACCUCCAGCCCCUGCUGCCAUUUGACUCCACGGCCAGAGUUGUGCCGCAGUCUCCUUUCCCUUCCUCGUCCAUCCAUGGUUCACCCCCAACAUCAGAGUGGUCUUACCCCAGAGAUAAGCCCCUGAAUGAGGGUCCUUCGUCCACCCACUACCUCUUCUGCUCCUCCAUCACUGAUUCAGAGUCUCAGUUUAGCUACCAGGCUCUGGAUGACCAGACCCCGACCCACCAGAUCGCUCAGCAUUUCUACGAUUGUGACUCUUACAGCGGGGAGACAUGGAGCUACCAGCCCCUGUCCCCCAGCUCCAGUGUCCACAGCGGCACCACCCAGGACACAAGAUGUGUUUCUGAGGAUGGUUGGAACUGCAACCCCCUGCUCUCCUCCGGUCGCUCCACCCCCUCUUGCACUGACAGCAACUCAUUGUUCUCUGAGAAGAUGACCUCCUCUCUCUCGCUAAACCGAGAGAAAACGAGGUCCAGCGCUUCUUCCUCCACCUCCUAUUAUCGCACUGCAACCCGCAGCAUUUCCCUCCGCAAGUCCAAGCGCCCACCUCCUCCGCCGCUACGCUCAGACUCUCUGAGACGACGAUCCGGUCGGACCAAACCCUCCCGCUAUUCCACCAGUCCCCGCCUGGAGCACACCACCAAGUGCAAGUCAUCUCCCCAGACCUACCACGAUCCCUGGGUGCCCCGGAUCAAAAGACGCCAGAGUGGGCUGAACUGUGGGACCGUCACAACCUUUGAACCUCUAAGCCCAGACUGCCAGGCGUCUGCUGAGUCUCCUACUCCUAAUCACCAACCAACCACCCCCGAUCACCCUCCUGUCCACACCCCAGCAUCUCCAGGUUCAGGACAGGAAGGCCUCAGACUUACUCUCAACCCCCAGCCUGCUGGCUCCUCUGUGGCAGGGCUCCAGCACCUCGCUUCGCCCUCCAGUGGUUACUCCAGCCAGUCCAACACCCCAACUCCUGGCACUCCACUGUCUUCCCCCCUCACCCCUUCCUCCCCUCUCACAGCCAGUCCUGGAGCCUUUUCCCUCCCCCCACCCUCCCCUUUCUCCACUUCAUCCUCCUUCCCCCUUUCACCCGUCACCUCCUCCCUGCCCAGGACAAGGUCUCGGGCCGAUGGGAAGCUGAAGCCUCCGGUGCCAGAGAGGAAGUCAUCACUCCUGUCCUCCCUGUCAUCCUCCUUUUCAUCCACCUCCUCCCUCUCAUCCUGCACCUCCUUAGAAUCUUCAGCCAAACUUCCUCUCCUGCCUCCUCCUCCUCCUCCUCCUCUGCCAGAAUCUUCCUUGCCUUUGUCUCCUGCUCCUCCUCUUCUCACCAAACUCUCUGUAGCUCCUCCUCCACUUUCAUCUCCUCCUCCUCCACCUCCUCCUCCUCUACCUCCUUUCUCCCGACCUCCUCCUCCCCCCUACUCCUUUGCUGUGAGACACAGCAGCUACCCUCCUCCCCCAGCUUCUCCACCUCCUCCACCGUCUUUAGAACUCCCAGACAUGCCGAUCGCUGAUCUUCCUCCUCCACCGCCACCUCCUCCUCUUCCUCCUCUCUCCAUGCCCUCUGCCUUUCCCCUCCCCUCUCCAACUAAUUGUGCUAAAGUGGCCACGUCCCCAUGCCCUCUGGUCACCGCCAAAGCUCUGCAGGGCAUCAAGCUUCGCUCUGUGAAGAACCCGGAUGCCCCGCUGGCCAAUGCUGCAUCUCCUAAUGGUGCAGUCCAAAUCCAUGCUGACAUGUCAUCAGCUAAUGCUAACCAUGCUAAUACUGACCAGGACCAACCAUCUGCUAUGUCUGAUAAAGUAAAUCUUGAUUGCCUUGCCAACACCGACGUGGAACUAGCUGGACCGGGAUCACAACAUGCUAUCUGUGAUGUACCUCACAAUGAAGCUAACAUAGCUUGUGCGUUAAUGAGUAAUGCUAGCCCUAAAGACCCAGUCGAUGCUGAAGCAAAGCAACCUGGACUCAAAUCAAAUCACAAUGAUUACAGACAAGCAGAAGUUGAGAUGGUGACACCCGACAGUGAGUCAGUUUAUUCUCAUCUUCAGAACUUAAAAGGCAUUAUUUCUAGCCCAGCUAACCAGAGAAGCUCUGGGCCUCAGACAAGCAAUGAUGAAACUCCUCAAAACAUCCAGUCUGAUGAACGGGGGAGGGAAGACUCAGACAUGUAUGCUACACUUGUAAGCAAUCAAGUCGUCAGUUCUGAGAGUCCUUGGGUAAAAAUAUCUUAUGACGAAAAUCACAUUGACACAAUUAUCCAACAUGCACCUUCACAACAGCAGGUUAAAGAUACAAUGCUGACAGAUGCUAAGCUAACAGAGCAUGUAGAGACAUAUAGAGCAAGCAAAACAGUACUAUCAGUAGAGAAAAAUGACAAGAGUAAAUCACGAAUGCAGAGUCUUAGUGCUGCUGAUUUGGCCUAUGCUGAUAUGAAAACCAUUAACAGUAACUUCAGGACAAGUAGCCCAAAGAAGCUCCGCUCUCCAGAGAAGCCAGUUCCACCAAAGAAGCCUGAUCUUUGUAUCCUGGGUGUCAUGGCUUCCCCCAAGACCAGGCGAGGACAAGAUGGAGGGAAGAGCAGGGAAAAAAUUUCAGCUCUUUCUUUGGAGCUCCCUGCGGAUUCACUGGACAAUUGUUUGCACACACACGUGACCCACAGUGCACCUCCACCAAAGCACUUGACGUGCACCGCUGACAACUCGGUGACACCUGCACAUUUGAUGAACGCAGCAACUGCAGACAUUGCCACACUGUCACCUGCCAGCUCCCCUCCACGGCAGAAACCACCAAUUUUGCACAGGAAGCCAGAUCUCUUAUUGACCUCACCCCAAACAACUGAACCUCUCUUUGCAUCUAAGAAUAAAAAAAGGGAUUUCAAAGGAACCUCCAGGACCAGUGGUAUUUCACAGACUCAGAGCACCAUAGGGACCAGUAGCACUUUAGAAAUUGUGGGCACCUCUGGGUCCAUGGGCACCUCUGGGAUCAUGGGCACCACUGGGUCAAUGGGCACCACUGGGUCCAUGGGCACCACGGGGUCCAUGGGGACCUCUGGGAUCAUGGGCACAUCUGGGUACAUGGGCACCUCGGGGUCCAUGGGCAUCAUGGGGUACAUGGGCACCACUGGGUUCAUGGGCCCCUCAGGGACCAUGGGAACUUCUGGGACCAUGAGUACCUCGGGAAUGAUAGGCACACUGGGAAUCACUGGUACUUUGGGGAUGAUGAGCACCUCGGAAAUCAUGGGUACUGCAGGGGCCAGAAACACUGAGACCAGUAGCACCUUAGAAACCAUCUAUGGAACCCAUGACCCAUCAGGGAUUGUGGGUCAUGGUACCUACAGCACCUUGGGGAGCUCAGGGUUCCAUGCAGCUGCUUACAUCUGGACAGGGGGCUCCCAAACUGGGGUAACGAGGAUCACCAAGACAAGACUUUAUCAGGGUGAUGAGAAAACAUUUCAAAGGAGGAUGAUGAGGUCAUCACUGGCUGAAGAUGAAGAGGAAGAUGAGAAGGAAAGGGCAUUAGAGAGAGGGAUGAAGGCAAUGAUGAUGAUGACGACAUCAUCUACAAAGAUAAAAGACAAAGCAAGGAAGAGGAGGAAGCGGAGGCCAGGCAGGCAACUGCUGAUGAUGUCAUCGACAAUGGCACCCUCCCCCUCAUCGUCAUCAUCAUCAUCGUCGUCGUCCUCUUCAUCCUCGUCUGGAGAUGAGCGAGAUGUGACAAAAGACAGGAUAAUGCAAGUGACUCAGAAGAAAGCAAUGAAAGUGUGCGAUCAAGAGACGAGUGACUCCGAAAGCUCCUGCGCUCUGAUUGGUCAGAGCAGGUACUCGCUCAGCAGCGCACUGUCCACUGACAGCCUGCGGGGGGAGCUGUCACUUCCAGACCUCCUGAUCCAGGAACCAGACGAGGAAGAGGAGGAGCGAAGAAACGAAGGAACCCAGAGGAGAGGGAAGCAGACGGAGGCCAGUGGAUCUUUAGAUGCCGAACUGUUCGUCAAUGUGUCGGCAGAUCAGAUGUUCGUCCCCGGUCAGCCCCGAACCACGGAGGAUCUAUUCGCUGUCAUCCACAGGUCUAAGAGGAAGAUGUUUGGUCGAAGGGAUUCGAAAGACGUCAGGAACCGCUCAUUGUCCUCCUCUUCGUCCUCUCCGGUGACCCCUACCGACCCCCUGCCUCGCCCGACUCGACCUGCAGCCCUCCGAGGCCAAAGGUGUCCGAGAAGUGAAAGCUUUAAGGCUCUCCUGCUGAGGAAGGGGAGUCGGACUGACGCAUCGUCUCGGGUGUCGGCGGUCGAGCAGCUCCGUAAAGUUGCACCUUCGCCCACCGCUGAGCUCCAGACGAAGCCUCCAGACCCUAUCCAGCCCUUCAUCCUGCCGCCCAAGUCUCCGAGUGUUCAGGACUUCUCUGCGAUGUUCGACAAUGACCUGACUCACCUCCUCCUCACCUCCUCGUCCUCGCCCUUCUACUUCCUCACCUCCCCCUCCCCUGUGCGACCUCGCUCCCUCACCCCUCCCUGCUCGGCCAGCCGACGCUUCGCCGCCCGCCGACGCCUCUUCGCCACCCCCAUGACGGCCAUCUCUGAAGGGGACGGCGAGGAGGAGGAGGUUUUCAGAGACACCGGAGAAUCGAACCUGAGAUUGGUUGAGAUUUCAUGAUGGACUGGGAGAAAAAUCUUACCUGAAUGUAUUUAAAACGGACUGACUCACACCUGAAUCGUUGAACUGAAUGCACCGAAGCACAUCUCGUCAAGCAGCUGGAAAAAGACGUGAACGGUGAACUGAUUUAACAUCCAGACUGGAUGCGUACUGCCGAUAUCUGUCAUUUAACUGGUCAAGAAGAACAUUUGAGGUCUGCACAGCGUUUUCUACCCAUCCACGUUCCAAGCCUCACAUGAUCAUCACAACUAGUUAUAAUGACGUCUGAGAUCUGACUGGUCAUCGUGUAAUUAGUCAAAACGACACUGUUGAUAUCCGUAGCUUUAAUUCAAGGCUGUAUUCUAUGCGUCUGCUAAGUGGUAUCUGCGACUAUAAAUGCUAAGUUACAGAGAUCUCUAACUGGGACUUGGACCGUUCAGAGUUACGUUUGAGAUAUCUGGAAUAAAAACUCUUAGUCAUGGUGUAAUUAGUCAAUAGACUGUAACUUUAGUCCUGGGAAGUUAAACUCAUCUAAAAUGCCUGACAAGUGACAUCAGGACUGAACUAUAAGUGUCUGAUAAGUGGUGUCUACAACUAUUAUCCAAAACUAAACUGAAAAGAUCUUGAACUGUGGUUCUUAUGGGUUAAAAUGAUGUUGUUGAUGUCAAACUCAACUAUAAACUGUUAAAACUCCACUGACAAGUGGUGUCUCCAACUUUCAUUGGAAGAAAUGUAAAACUAAACUAAAAAGAUCUUAAACUGUGGUUCUUAUGAGUCAAAAAGAUGUUACUGAUAUCUGUAACUUUAAUUCAAGGCUGCAUUCUAAGUGUCUGCUAAGUGGUAUUUGCGAUUAUCAGUUACAGAGAUCUCUAACUGGGAUUUGAACUGUUCGGAGUUACGUUUGACAUAUCUGGAAUAAAAACUAUUAGUCAUGGUGUAAUUAGUAAAUAUGACGCUGUUGACGUCUGUAAUUUUAAUCCUAGGAAGUUAAACUCAUCUGCAACAUCUAACGAGGGAUGUCAGGACUGAACUAUAAGUGUCUGAUAAGUGGCUUCAACAACUUUCAUUGGAACAAAUCCCAAACUAAACUAAAAAGAUCUUGAGCUGUGGUUCUUAUGGGUCAAAACAAUGAUGUUGUUGUCAAACUCAACUAUAAACUGUUAAAACGGCUCGCCACAACUGUUUUUCUACUUCUUCCUCAUGGUUUCUGUCUAAUGGUUGAGGAACUAAUUUGUUUUUAAUCCCAAAAAGCACCAUUUAAACACCAAACUAAUUAAAUUUGAAUUGUGUUCUCCUGUCAGAAGAUCUUGUAGUUCAUUAAGACACUACAUUAUUUUAGUUUUGACCAGAAAUUGAUGUAUUUUUAAUCUCAUGAGGGGCUUGUUUUUUUCUUGGGAUCCCAUUUUAGAAUGUAAUAACAUAAAGAAACACAGCAGUUAUAUGUUAAAGAUCCCCCAAACAGUUCCUCUGAGGAUCAUUUUAACGAGCAAUAAUUAAAGAUUGAAUGUGAUUUAAUAUCUAUAGCCUAUAGAGACGCUUUGAGUGUUGGUGAAAUGCUCACUUCUGAGUCAUUAUAUGGGGUUUAGGAUUCUACUUCCUGUUUAAAUCCUGCUGAACUCAUUCCACUCAUGUUUUAUUUUGACUUUAACCAUAUAAAAGUCAGAUUUUUCUAAUUGUCACCAGCUACACUGCCUGUAGUUGGUCCUAAGCUGUAAAUACUCCUAAUACAUCCUUCUCUCUCAUGUUUGUUCUUCUUUCUACGGCGUUUUUUCUGUAGCGUUUCAGACGUUUUCUUCUCUGUAUGAAUGUGAGAGGCUCUGCUCUACUGUAUUAACCCUAAUAUGAAUAAAUGUAAGUGGAAAAAGGAAACUGCAGAGGAAAGAAAAGGAAGCGACCAAUCAGAGCGAAACAAGAAAUAGUCUGAAUGGAAUGGAAAUGUUAUUUGUAAAAAAAUUAAAGCGAAACGUGAAAAUGAAAGCAAUAAAGGACAAAAGAAGA